AUGGCCCGUUUUCAGGGACUUGAUUCGUCCGACCUGUUCCGCUUCGACACCCUUGCCCUACGCGAUGACACCCUGCUCGCUGACGGCACCUCGGCCUCCAAGGUCGAGUACGAUGAGUAUGUCGUCUUCAAGAAGGACAAUGGCAUUUCUUCGGGCAUGAAGACGGACUUGGAGGGCGACCAGGACAUCAGUUUCCAGCUCCAGCACAAGGACGAGGUGCCCGGCUACCACAGCCUCGAUCUCGCCUUUCGUCGAGGGUACUGCAUGGACCACAAUGGAGUCUUUACAAAGGAACCAGCACGGCAUCCAGAGCUGGUACUCGAUGGACGCGUUCGCCGAGUUAUCUGCUUCCGCCGCAACAGGUCUUUCGACCGCCGGGAAGAUGGCAUCACCAUGACCCCCGAAGAUCUGGACGCCAUGGACCUGCACCCGGCCACCCUGCAGUACUCCCGCAGGGUCACCAACGAGUCCCGCUUCUGGUCCCUCGACCGCUCCAAGUUGAGUCUCAUCCUUUCUUUCUCCAACAACCCAAGAACCCCCUACGACUUCCUGUCCUUGACCUACGACGUCCGCAGCCGCACCUCGUCCGUCCUCAUCAGGCAGUCCUAUCAUCCGCGCCAGCACAGCCUUGAGAACCUUGACGAGUACGGCCAGCGCCUCGAGGCCUGCCGCGCCCACUGGGCUCAUCCCUUCAUCACCCCCGUAGUCCUGCUCCAGGUCCAGUUCAUGCGCACCGAGGAGGCCGUCAUGGAGAACAUCGACCAUGUCAAGGCUCUCGAGGUGGCGGUCGGCAGCAUCGCCGGCUUCGAGGCCUUCGAGAUGGAGCGUGAGCGCCGCUCCAAGCUGAUGCGCCGCCUGACCUUUGGCGCCCAAAACGACAAGCCGCCCCAGGUCAACGGGCCCAUGGGCAUGGCGAACUUGAUGAAGAGCGCCCACGAUGUGCUCAAGGAAUCGAUCAAGCUGCUCGACACCGUCCGCUGGAUGGAGAGGGUCGUGAGGCUGAUGCUGCAGGCUGGCGAUGAGCUGGCGGAGCGCAUGUCGACUGGGGAGCUCAAGACCCGUCUCGACAACUUCCACGUCGGUGACACGGACGCCGACCAGCAUUACCAGCAAGAACAGCAGGCCAUGCCAGACGAGCCCCCGACGGGUCCGCCUUCGCGCUCGUCCGCUAGCACACGCCGACGAUCCUUACCCCCCGGCCCCGCCCCCAACCCGCUGGCUGACCCCCUUGGAAAGCACUGGCACGAGAUUCGACAAUACCUCGAGGGGCUACAAAGGAUGUGCAUGGGCCUCGAAACCGAUCGUCGCAUGUCAGAAGCCCGAUGCCGCGCUCAAAUCGAUAUCAUUUACAGUAAGAUGGCCCAAGAAGACAAUGUUCUGAACGCCCGCAUGGCGGUCGCCUCCUCUCGCGACUCAUCCUCCAUGAAGGCCCUCGCCGUUAUCACCGCCGUCUUCCUCCCCGGCGAGUUCCUCGGCACCCUCUUCGGCAUGUCUAUGUUCGACUGGCAGGCCUCGGGCGAGGACGCCGCGGGCGACAGCGCCGCUCAGAAUCCAGAACCCGGCACCGCGACGAACCCCAAGGACCCGGUCCCCGUGCUGAGCCACCUGUUCUGGGUCUACUGGGCGACGGUGAUCCCCCUGACCGUCGCCAUCCUCGUCGCCUGGCGCGCGUGGUGGGUCAACCAGGACCGGUAUUUCCGGCGGCACCUGUCGCGGGAGCUGUCCGAAGAGCGGUACUGGACCGCCGACGGCAAGCCGCGCGAGCUGGAGCACUCGUUCUGGUGGGACUUUUUUUACCUGUCAGUGCGGCGGGAUGAGCGGCCAGCCCAGGUAAGCGACCCGUACAGCAUGCUCGACCUGUCGUCGAGCUUGUCGCAGGACAAGGAGGAGCUGCGGUCGCCGCAGGGCGAGGCGACGACGGUCCGGAGGGGCCAGAUCUCGUUCCUUCGGUCGCAGAGCAUGAGGCAGCGGAACGUCGUGGCCGUGUGA